AUUUUAUUGAAAGGAAAUGGUGUAUUGUAGCAUCAUUAAUAUGACACGAAUGGAACCAAAUAGGGAAAAUUGUUAAAGCAUGAUCCAAACUAUGGCUUGUUGGAUCAUCACUGUUCAAUGAAAUGAUGGAUGAAGAUGGAGAGAGAAAACCGCCAUUGGGGUGAUUACACCAUUCUGAUGGAUCCCACUCUCUCUUAAUCAUUUUUAUUAAAAGGACGGUGAUGGCCCGAUUGACUACAGUUGCUUCGCAGUCCAUUGGCUUAGAGUAUACUUUCACCUUUGAGAAGAUAAAAAUGGAGACCUUAUGGCAGCACUGGACUCUGCUCUUAUAGAUAUUUGGUUGAUCAUAUGGUUAUUCAAGUCCAAUAUAUUUGAAAACUCUGGGUAUUAGCCAAGAGACUUGAGCUCUUAAAUAGAAUCCCCCUUCCUAAGAGGUCCUUGAAAAUUCAAUAGCUCUAUGUAUAUAGAUAAAAAUCAAAUGCCCCUCACCAUAAUAAUAGGCCUAAGGUGUUGAUGCUACUUGUUUUUCAAAAUAUGAGUACCUUAACUGCCUCUCAAAAAUAAUCAUAUAUGUGAAAGCAUAGAGGGAAUCACAAAAGGUGGUGCCAAAAUAACACUCACAAAUGAAGGGGGUGACAUGCUUGGAUUCUUUAGUCUUUCUCCAACUAGGGUUCGCAGGCUAACCAGAUUCAUUAUUGUCUCUUCUUCUCAUUCAUUUGCCACCACCCAUUUCCCUCUAACAUCCACUACAACCACCUCCAAAUCAAGAGAAGAAACACUUCUCUCUCUCUUAAACUCAUGCUUCUGCAUGAGAGAUUUGCACCAGCUCCAUGCCCAAAUAAUACAAACUGGUUUCGAUCAAAAUGUGUUCAUUAUGAGCAAGAUCCUCACUUUCUGUGCUAUUUCAGUGCAAGGAUCGGUGGACUAUGCUUUGCUGGUCUUCCACCAAACGAAGCACCCUGAUGGGUUCAUGUGGAACACCAUGAUUAGAGGCUUGGGACGAUUCGGCAAUUCAUUUGAAGCCUUCAGAUUCUAUCAGAAGAUGCGGCAAAAAGGCGAGGCCAUUGACAAUUUCACCAUGUCUUUCUUGCUCAAGAUAUGCGCUCAAGACUCUGUUCUAGAAUUGGGCAAGCAAGUCCAUUGCACAUCGAUAAAGCACGGACUGGACUCUCAUGUCUUUGUACUCAAUACUCUCAUCCACAUGUAUGCAAUGUGCAGAGAUAUUCAGAGUGCAAACCAACUGUUCAAGGACAUGCCCAUCCAGGAUUUAGUGUCAUGGAACACCAUAAUCGAUGGCUAUGUCCAGUGUGGGCAAUCAAAAGAAGCAUUGAGAAUGUUCAUAAGGAUGCAAGGAAUUGGGGUGGAGCCGGAUGAAGCCACAAUAGUGACCAUCCUCUCGGCUUGUGCAAACAUUGGUGCUCUCGAGUUUGGUAGAUGGGUUCAUUAUUAUUCUCAAGAAACAGGUCUCAACGGUGUCGUAUCAGUCUGCAACUCUCUCAUAGAUAUGUAUGGGAAAUGCGGAGGCAUCGAGCACGCACGCAAAAUAUUUGAUAACAUGCCUUGUAGAAACAUAGUGACAUGGAAUGCCAUGAUCAUGGGCUUAGCCAUGCAUGGCCAUGCCUUGGACGCAUUAAAGGUCUUCGAUAUGAUGCAAAGAUUGGGAAGAGAGAAACCAAAUGACGUAACUUUUCUCGGGGUUUUAUGCGCUUGUAGCCAUGGUGGCCUCAUCGAUUUAGGGAGACAGAAUUUUGAGAAAAUGGAGAGAGCAAGCGGGGUUAAGCCCGGGAUAAAGCAUUACGGGUGCAUGGUCGAUUUGCUGGGCCGAGCAGGGUUCGUAGAAGAAGCUUAUGAGCUCAUAGAGAGAAUGCCUAUUGAGUGCAAUGCAGUGGUUUGGAGAGCAUUGCUUGGUGCUUGCAGGGUACAUGGAAAGAUGGAGCUUGGUGAGGUGGUUAGAAAGAGGCUCAUGGAGAUAGAGCCAGAGCACAGUGGGGAUUAUGUCCUCCUUGCUAAUUUGUAUGCAAGUUUGGGUCGAUGGGAUGAUGCUGUGGAGGUAAGGAGGGAGAUGAGGGAUCGAGGGGUUCGUAAAGUCAAGCCUGGUAAUAGCUUGAUCGACAUGGAUGUUGAGCCCGGUAAUAGCUUGAUCAUCAUGGAUGUUGAUUCUGGUAAUAGCUUGAUCAACAUGGAUCCCACAGCUGAUUCUGGUAAUAGCUUGAUCAACAUGGAUCCCCCAGCUUGAUCGACAUGGAUCCCUGCGAUGUGCCGUGGUGAAUGUAGUGACUCUCUCUCUCACUAGCUUGGAAAUGAGAGAAGCGCAAUUAGUUGUUACAUUUUAAAAUAAACUGAAAUGAUUUUUGAGAAAAGCCUCUUGUAAUAGCUUUCUUUAUGUUAAUGAGCGGUUGGGCUUCUUGAAGAGAAAUCUCUGUGCUAACUUUCGUUGAACACCAGAAAUGGAUCUUUCUUUUGGGUA